AUGCCACACACCAAGGAAGGCUUCCUCUGGACCCCGAACCAUACUCACUCAGGCCUCCAAACAGACUCCAUACAACCAAGCUCCCCAACCAUAAAGCCACACUACGAUAUCAUCGUCAUCGGCGCGGGAUUUGCAGGCCUCAUUGCCGCGCGCGACCUCAUCCAGAGACACAACUUAAAUGUCCUUCUCAUCGAAGCCCGCGACCGGAUCGGCGGCCGCACCUGGACGGCUAAAGUACUUGGCAAAGAGCUCGAGAUGGGAGGCACGUGGGUGCACUGGGCGCAGCCGCAUGUAUAUAAUGAAUUGCAACGGUAUGGCUUGCAUCGGUAUUUGAAGACGUCUGCGGGCACGUUGGCGCCGGAGAGGCAGUUUUUCAAAUCUUCGGGGGGUGAGAUUGAGGAGGUUUCUAUUGCGGAUAAUAUUGAGGCGCUUGAGAGAGUGGCAGAGGUGUUCUUCAAUAUUGAUGGACUGAAUAGUCGGGCGUUGAUGCCGUAUCCGCAUGAUCCUCUCCGGGAACCCGCGAUGUGGAAGAGAUAUGACCAUUUGACUGUGCAAGACCGAUUGGAUCAGCUACCAGACAAGAUCUCACAGCGACAUAGGGAACUCUUCCAGUCGAAUAUUAGCACGUUCGGUAGUGCGCUGGGAAAGGAUAUGGGGUUUGUGGAGGCGCUGAGAUGGUAUGCUCUGGGAGGACACAGCAUGGCGCGCGUUUUUGAGAUGGCUGGGAUUUAUAAGAUUGGACACGGAGGAAUGACUGCGUUCUCACGGGCUAUUCUGGGUGAUUAUAACGGGGAUCGCUUGUUCAACACCACGGUUCGUCAGAUCAACCAUAUCGGAAGCAAUAAAGUUGUUAUCAACACUUCAAAUGGAGAAGUCAAAGCUAAAGCGGUUGUAUCAACUAUUCCACUAAACUGUCUUGACAACAUCACCUUCAACCCUCCGGUGUCCCCUCUCCGACAAGCAGCCCUCGCGAAAAAGCACAUCAACACCGGAGCCAAAAUCCAUUUCAAACUCUCAGCCACCCAACAACCCUGGUUCGCAACAGCUGACGGAACCAACAGUAACUCCUCCUUUGUCUUUGCUUUCUUUGACCACAACGGAACCAAACCAUCUCCCUCUGGAACAUGGUGCAUUGGAUUCGGCUACAACGACCGCCUUCCUGAUAAGAACGACCACCACCAUAUCAUCAAUCGGUUCAGGCAGGAUAUCAACCGCGAUGCGGACGUUGAGGCGUACGUCACCCAUGACUGGAAGAAUGAUCCUUAUUCCAAGGGAGCGUGGGCAUGUUGGGGUUCGAAUAGUGCAUCAAUAUAUCUCGAAGAGCUGCAACGGCCCCAUGGACGGGUGGUGUUUGCGAGUGCGGAUUGGGCGGAUGGUUGGAGGGGGUUUGUAGAUGGAGCGAUUGAACGGGGCCAGAGUGCUGUCAGGGAGGCUGUGAAUUUGUUGGAUGGUGAUGGUGUUGCUAAAUUGUAG